GGGACAGAACCACUCUCCCGCUCCCUCCGUGCAGCGGGGACGGAGAGGCGGGCAGCCUGCCUUCCCUCCUCCCUCCGCCCCGGCUCGCCAGCCCGCCCGCCGAAGCCUCACCGAGAGGCUCCCGCAUUGCACCGCCGUGCCCCCGCUCCCCUGCCGCCGGUAUGAGCGCCGGUGAGGCGAAGGAGUAUCUUGCCCGCAGGGAGAUCCCGCAGCUUUUCGAGGCGUAAGGCUGGUGCUAGCAAUUUACAGUAAUGGUGCACAUCUGCAAAAAUACAUGGCUAGUUGCUGUGGUCAGAGUCUGUUGAAUGGAUUAAUGUGUUACAAACCUGAUGACCCUAUUGAAUAUUUGGAAGGCUGCUUGCAGAAGGUGAAAGAGCUUGGAGGAUCAGAAAAAGUGAAAUGGGACACUUUUGUCAGCCCAGAAAAGAAGACUCUGCCUCCACUCAAUGGAGGACAAUCGAGGAGAUCUUUUUUCAGAAAUGUGAUGCCUGAUAAUUCUAACUUCCCUUACCGACGGUAUGACCGACUCCCUCCAAUCCAACAGUUUUCUAUAGAAAGUGACACCGACCUUUCUGAAACUGCUGAGCUAAUUGAGGAAUAUGAUGUGUUUGAUCCUGCAAGACCUCGACCAAAAAUUAUCCUUGUCAUAGGUGGCCCAGGAAGUGGUAAAGGAACACAGAGUUUGAAAAUAGCAGAACGCUAUGGAUUUAACUACAUAUCAGUUGGUGAAUUGUUAAGGAAGAAGAUCCACAGCACAAGCAGCAAUAGAAAAUGGAGUCUAAUUGCUAAAAUAAUUACUACUGGAGAACUAGCCCCUCAGGAAACAACCAUAACUGAGAUCAAACAGAGAUUAAUGCAGAUCCCUGAUGAAGAGGGUAUAGUGAUCGAUGGAUUUCCCAGAGAUGUUGCCCAGGCAAUCUCCUUUGAGGACCAAAUUUGUACCCCAGAUUUGGUGGUGUUCUUGGCAUGUUCCAAUCAGAGGCUCAAAGAACGGUUACUGAAACGUGCUGAACAGCAAGGGAGACCUGAUGAUAACCUGAAAGCUACUCAAAGAAGACUAAUGAAUUUCAAGCAAAAUGCUGUUCCACUGGUUAAAUAUUUCCAGGAGAAAGGGCUAAUUGUCACAUUUGAUGCAGACAGAGAUGAAGAAGAAGUGUUCUCUGAUAUAAGUUCAGCAGUUGACAAUAAGCUAUUUGCUAACAAAGAGGCUGCAGCAGGGACGAAUGAACUUGAUUGCAGUCUGAUUAUGGAUUCUGGAGAUACUGCUUAUACAGAAUUUGACUUUGAAGACCAGGAGGAGGAUCAGUCAAGUUUUUCUGGUUAUGAAAGCACGGGAGAUUUUUCAGAAGACCUGAAGAAAUCAAACAUCUUCUUUAUAGUCGGUGGCCCUGGAUCUGGCAAAAGCAGCCAAUGUGAACAGUUAGCCAAGAAAUACGGAUUUACUCAUCUGUCCACUGUUGAACUCCUCCAAAAUGAGUUAUCAUCACUAUCAGAGAGAAGUAAAUUUAUCAAAGACGUCAUGGAAUGUGGUGAACCUGUGCCUGGAAGUAUUGUCCUAGAGCUACUGAAAGAAGCCAUGAUCACCAGUUUAGGAGACACAAAAGGAUUUCUGAUUGAUGGUUAUCCUCGUGAGCUGAAAGAAGCAGAAGAGUUUGAGAGCAAGAUUGGGGAACCAAAACUCGUGAUCUGUCUGGACUGCUCUGCAGAAAGCAUGAAUAGUCGCUCUUUGAUGAGAAAUCAGGCCAGUCAGCACUUCGAUAGUGCUGAAACCAUCAAGGAAAGAAUUGAAGGCCAUUACCAAGCAGCAAAACCUCUGACUGCAUACUAUGAGAGAAAAACACAGUUACGCAAGGUUGAUGCAGAAGGAACAGCAGAGGAUGUUUUUCUGGAAGUCUGCAAGUCAAUUGACUCUUUUCUGAACAAGGAAGAAGCAGCAUUUUCAACAGAAACACAGUAGUGGUGUAUACACUGCGUGUGCACGUGGCAGCCAUGAAUAAAAUGCUCCUCAAAGCAAUACUGCUUUUUUGGGAGAUCUCUGGAAUUUGUGCAUGUGGUAUGUUAUUUUGGAUGAAAUCUUCUCCUCCAUUCAGACAACACACUUAAUAGGAAGCAGCCUGUAUGCUAACUUGCACUAAGAACCGUACAUUUCAUUGGUUGUUUGCUCUUCAUGGGCUAAAAGCAGCAUGGUGAACAGAGCUCUGGUUUGUAUUUCAUCAUCUUGUAUAUUUGAUGGGAAGUCAGACACGUUGCCUGAUCAGCAGUGAGCUCUUCAACCACUUACUCACUGUAUUGUAGAGCAAGAAUGCUGCAUACAAUUUUCUCACUGGUUAUUACUUUGAUUAACACUAUUAAAUUUUUGUGGUAUCACUUAGCUUGUUCUUGGUUUCUAGUGACUGAAUCUGUUCUCUGUUCCAUCCCACUGUAAGACAGCUGGAAUUAGUCAAGCUAGAUGUUUAAACACAGUUUCCAGCCAUCCCCAGAAUGUUGUUAUAACAGGAGUAAGGAAAAAAAAUAAUGAAGAUAUGACUGAAUAUGGUGUCAGUCUGCUGACCCACUGCCACAGAGAGACACCAUGUUUGAGACAGCCCCAUCUUCUGUGAGAAAAGGUGGGGUGCUAAGAAUCAUGGCUUCCUAAUUUUGUAGACUGAGUUGAAAACAAUGAUUGCAUAGCAUCAUUAAAUGUGCAAUUUGGUAAAUAUUCACAAUAACAGAGUUUUAAUAUAUUGAAGUCUACAUAGAAAGUUGACCAUGAACCAGUGUAUGAAGACGCUCUUAAUCUACGAAAAGAUGACAAAUGCAAAAUUCAGAUCAUCAUCUGUUGUCCUGUACUGACAUUGCCAAAACUUUGAAAAUGACAGAGGAAAAAAAAAAAAGGGAUCAGGGAUUAUUUGAUUCAUCUUGCUUGCUUUUUUAGUAGGCUAUAUCCAUAAUAUGUGCAAAAAAAAAAAUCUGUAAAUAUUCUAUUGUAUUUCCAUUAAGUUAACUGAAAUACUGUAGCAUUUCUUUGGUUUACUGAUAACUAAAUAAAAGCUUGUUUGACAUUCCUGUCAAGUUGCACCCUUUACUGGAACCGCUGGACACGUUCAGUUGAAGCGGGCUGCAUGAUUGCUCUCUGUCAAAGUUGUACUCGAUGCGGCAGAUUUGUAUUUUUAAAGUUACUUUUCUUGUAAUGAGGACAUAAUACAAAUAAAACAUACAAAAAUGAGAA